AUGUCACGUCUAUCAUCCCAUUCCAGACUAUUCGUCCUCCGUACCAUCUUCCAAUACCAGCACCUAUCCACCUCACUACCAGUAGCUCGUUCACUCAGCACCUCUCGCUCUUACUUUCAAUCUGAGUCUACACCACGCCUAUCCCGCGAAACACUACGUCGUCUUCACCGUCUAUCCGCUCUCAACCCUCCUCAGCCCGACUCAACCGAAGAAAUAGAGUUAAUUGAUGAAUUAUCAGAGUUGAUCUCAUUAAUGGACGAAGUCAAACAAGUGGAGCUACCUCAUUCGGUGGAAGAGAGGGCGGAGCUGUUGAAUCAGGGUGUGUUCGGGGAAGUUACGAUAACACAGGACAGUUUAGAUCAAUUGGAUAACACACGACAGCGGGGAAAUGGACAAGUGGAGGAGAAAGCUAUAGAAAGGACUGGGAAACAGUUAUUGGACUGGUCAACCAAUAGGUUAGGGGAUUAUUAUGCUUCGAAGAAUAAGAGGAAGGAUCAGAUGUGA